UUGACAAUAUCGGAUCGCUUUAUUGACUUAAUGUUUUAUGUAAAACGCAAUGUUUUAGAGACGGAGAAUUUCAUUACCCUGUUAUCUCCAGCACGUUAAGGUACAUUACGUUAAACACACAGCUUUGAGAUCCAAACCAGGAAGCUAGAAUUGUUUAAUAUCUGACACGGAUGUCUGAAAAUGUGGAUGCUGAAACACAUGUGGGUGCUGUUAUUUGCGAUGAAUUGUGAAUGUUUUGUUGAUCUUGUUGAUGAAUUUGGAGGCAACACGACGAUGAGCGGGCCUCCUUUUUAUGAUUACGUGGCUUCCAAUGCAAUUAAUGGAGAUACAGGCGCCCAGAAACCAUGCGCCGUCAUGGACGUCUCAGGGGGAUAUCAAAGUGUCUGGUGGAAAGUGUGGCUACAGAGGAAGUCCAACGUUGCUGAAAUAAAGAUCCAUUUUCAACCAGCUACGAUAUAUCGGUCAACAGGAUUUUCAAUAUAUGUUUUUGACAAUGAAUCCUUUAUACCCCCUGAUGGUGUGACAGGACGUCUAGUGUACCAACAAGAUCCACUUACUGGGUGUCCACUACAGCAUAUGACUAUUAUUGUGAACAGGACAACACACGGCAUCGCUUUCUAUAACACUAAACAAAGGGUCCUACAAUCCAACUGUAACGGCAAAAGUAAAGAUAAACAUUUGGUAGAGAUCUGUGAAGUCAAUGUACUGGGUUGUGGUGCCACGCGAUACAGUGAAAAUUGUUCUCAUGUAUGUGACAGAAGAUGUUUCAACCAACACUGUGACGCCUAUAAUGGUGAAUGUAUAUAUGGAUGCAGUGAAUCACAUCGUGCUGGACCACAUUGUACAGACUGUCAAAAGGGAUACUAUGGAGUAAACUGUACACAUAAAUGUGGUCACUGUAUCGACAAACACGACUGUGAUACGACAACUGGCGUCUGCUUAAAGGGAUGUCUGUCGCACUGGAACGGGCCGAAAUGUGAUGUAGAAUGUGGAAUUGGUUUUUACGGAGAAAAUUGUACUCAGAAAUGUGGACUCUGUGUGGAUAUAAAUGAUUGUAAUAAAAUAACAGGAGUAUGCAGUAACGGGUGCCAGUUGCACUGGAAUGGUUCUAAAUGCGAUGUUUGUGCAGAUGGCUACUAUGGAAAACGCUGUACAGAAAUAUGUGGCAAAUGUAAGGACGGCAGUACGUGCGAUAAAUCAAAUGGGAGUUGCCAUUUUGGUUGCAAAGAUCACUGGAUGCCUCAAAAGUGUCGAGUGUGUAUCGCUUACAAGUAUGGACCUAACUGUGCCUUUGAUUGUGGACAUUGUAAAGAUGGGCGGUCUUGCUCUACAGACAAUGGAAGUUGUAUAAACGGUUGCGAAGAGGGGUGGAGAGGCAUAUCGUGCUUGACGGUAUCUCCUGACUCGAGCAGUUUAGGAUUUGCCAAAUAUGAGGAAGGUUCCCCCAGUGGAUUGUACAUUCCUAUAAUCGCUGUUACCUCAACACUACUGGUCAUAUCCGUAUUGGUGAACGUUAUUCUAGUUUUCCGCAAACAGAGACGGCAAUCCCCAACACAUCAUGUAAAUAACCAACCAGAACAAACUCAUACCGAAAUGGAGGAAACACGAGAGUACGACAAAAUAGGUGUCAGAGAUACGGACGACUAUCAAGAGCUGUCGCCCACUGUCACUGACCAAUCUCCUCAAGACAGAGAUUCCCCCUAUAUCAACUUAUCUUGAUAAAUGGCCCAUUUAUCCACACAAUAUUUGUAUCUUCUUUAAAGAUAACGAUAAAGACAUAUGUUACCUACUUCACCCUCAUAUCAAUUUUGUUUAUGGUUUAGUAGAAUCAAGUCAUGAAGUGUUACCCGGACGGAAGUAUAUUUUAUCGACACAGACAUGGUAUGUCUAGUGUGACUCCACUGGAACUUAAUCUCAUUUUGCUAAUUUUCAUUCUGAUCAUUGAUACAUAUCCCCAGGGAAUUUUAAUGAAAUUCAUAAAAUAGGUCGUUUAACUGUAUUCAAUAGGCGCCAAAUUUAGUGAACAUUCCUCAAAACACAUUGGACAGAAAUAAGUAACACUUUGUUGAUUGGGGGUUCAGCUUAUAUAGAUGAUCCAUGAUGAUUACAGUGAGAGAGAGAGAGAGAGAGAGAGAGAGAGAGAGAGAGAGAGAGAGAGAGAGAAAUUUCUGCAAAAUGAAGUUCAAAAUAUUGUUUAUUGUUUUUGUUUUGAAAUAACGGAGUAAAGGACAUUUAGUUUACUGAGGUUGAUAUAAGAUUGUGUGCAUCGAAUAUCAAAAUGUCUACAUACUUUUCAAUAAAAUAUAACUUCAU